AUGGCUCAGUCUGACGCACAAAAGGUCUUGGAGACCUUAACCAAGCUUCAAUCAUCACGAGAAAUCUCAAUCAUUAAACUCAGUGAGCCUAUCUCAAGCUCAAAGCCUCAAGAUACCCGACAAAGAACAUCAGAUGCCUCAAAUUCAGCCUUUGACGCGCCAACUCCUGCAAGCUUAACGGCAGACCUUGCUCAUUACAAGGAACUAUUCGCCAAACUGCGGUUCUCAUACGUACAACAAGUUACAAAGGAGAAGUUCAUCAGAGCCAUUGUUGGCGAUCCGCCCAUGAUCGUCACCAUGGAGGAGAACAUGGAACUUGAAAAAGAAAACGCGGUUGCCAAAAAGCAGCUCAAAGAGCUCAAGACAGAAGUGGCGGACAUGGUGACCGAUCUCGAGAGAAGGGGUGUCGAGCUAAGCAAGAAAUACGAGAGUGUGCAACUUGAAACGACCAAGUUGCGUGAGAUGCCUGCUAAGAUUGAGGAGCUGGAAAUGCGAAUCCAAGAACUACGGGAAGCGCAGGAAUUGCCAGAAGGAACAAGCCCCAGCAUGAAUCUUCCCCUUGCCAAAACACAAGAUCUUGUCAACCAACGAAAACUCGAACAGCAGGAACUCGCACGAGAAUUAGAGUCUCUACAGGCCAAAGUCCCUCGGAAGAGAAAGGAGGCUGACAGACUCCAUAUUGAGUUGCAGCCUCUCGAGAUGAAGCGCCAGAACAGCGCGACUGCUGCGCGUGAGGCAAGGAGGAGAAAGGAAGCGGCCCUUGGCGGUGCAGCGGAUGAUCUGGAGGAGAGAGCGCGAUGGUGGCGAGCUAGCGAGGGUGUGUUAACGCAGGUACUGGACAUUAAGAAUUAG